GAUCGCCACACAUUCGACGUCGGGACGCCAUCGUCGAAGGACGCAUGAAUAUGUAUACUGUCGCGGCGAUCGCCGGCAAUCCGUAUGAACCUCAUCGUCGAAGGGGCGAUUUUUACGAUCCUCCGUGUGAAGCAGCCGUCGCGAUCUCGCUCCGCAACGUUUACGCCGGGUGGUGUCAGUGAACUUCAAAUCUUUACGCGCCGGUAGAUCCGCGGAAGAUCCUAUCAGAAUCCGGAACCGGCAUCAUCGGUCCGACCGCAUUACACAGUGAACAUCUUUGCUUUUAAUUAUCCCCUUCGCGAGGGUGAAGCUUGUGCUGCCUGUUGAAGAUUCUACCUGUUCAUCCUGCGUGAGUCCUUACAGGUAGAGACUGUGACCGGCUGGCCACGUGGCAUGCAUCGAUCCGACGAGCAGGCUUCUCACUGCCCGUAGAUCCAUCUUCUUCAUUCUUUUCCGUAAACGUAAAAAGUGCCAGCCAAGUGGGGACGCGCUGCAAGUGGCGGCGGCCUCGCGCGGAUGAUCGAGACUGAAAAUCAGUUGGGCUCGCGUGCCGGCUCCGGCGGACUGGGGCAGUACGAAGAGGCGGCAGCGACGAUAACUGACGGCAACGGGGGUGGCGGCAACGGGAUCGACGCUAACGGGGGUAGUGUAGCCGCCGCGGACGUGAAGACGUUGGAGGACGCAGGUGCCGCGAUGAAAAAAGAGGAGCAGGAGGGCGGCACCGCAACGCCGACGCCCCCGACGGCGGCGCCGCCGAUGCCGGGAGUGAACGACGAGGACGAUGAUGACGAGGAAGACGCCGAGGAAGAGGAGGAAGAGGAGGAAGACGACGAGGAGGGUGGAAUCGCGGUGGAGGGUGUAACGACUGCGGUGCGGGAGGAGAUCGGGGGUAUGUUGGCGGGUGAGGGUGGGGGUGGAGGCGGCAUGGCCGGCUACUGGAGGCAAAGCAGACCCUCCAGUCCCCGCAUGCCGCCUCCGGAGCAGUCGGAGCAGCCGAGGCCUAAGAGCCGGCAGCACGAGUCUACCGGCGCGAGAUACAACAACCUCGGCUACUGGCGGGCGAGAAGAGUCACCUUCUACAAAAAUGGCGACCCCUACUUCCCCGGCGUGGAAUUCAGAUUCAAGCCCGGCCGCGAUAUCGGCUCGUUGGAGGCUCUCCUGGACCGAUUGUCCCUGCGACUGGACCUACCGAGAGGCGCGCGUCAUAUCUUCUCGAUGGACGGUGACCGGAAAAUCAACCUCGACGAACUUGAAGACGGCGCCUCCUACGUAGUGUCCAGUUACAAAACGUUCAAGCCGGCCAGCUACGGGAAGAAGAACAAUACCUGGUACACAGCUCCCGCUCCCGGAGGCGGCGGGGGCAGCAGGAGCGGCGUCGCAGGGACCGGAAGUGGGGUCGGUGGCGGAUGGCAAAGUAGACCGCCAGCAGUGGCGAGUCUCAGUAGGAAGGCUUCCAUCAGUGACGAGGCGCCGCCCCCAGGCGGGGGUGGAAAACCCUCGUCGGGCCGUGUCAUCCGCAUUGUCAACAACCACGAUCACACCGUGCAGUGCCGAGUCCUGCUGAAUCUCCGUACCUCGCAACCCUUCGAGGAGGUCCUCGAGGACCUCGGCCAAGUGCUGAAGAUGAACGGAGCUAAGAGGAUGUUCACCGUUUCAGGACAAGAGGUGAGGAGCUUUUCGCAGCUGAGGAACGAAUUCGCCGACGUAGACACGUUUUAUCUCGGCACAGGGUCGGUCCUCGGCGUGACCGGCGCCAUCACGACGUCCCCGGCGCGGAGGUCGCGGUCGCGUGGUCCACCCCCUGUCGUCGAAGAGGUCGGCCGUCAGAGAAGGGCACGCAGCAAGAGCAGACCUCGAGCUCUAUACGCCGCCGACUCCGAAGUUGUUCGAGUGAACGGUAAAAAUUACAGCGUAGUGGAGGUGUUGCGCGAGGAGCCAGCCAGGGUGACAAUUAGAGGACUCAGACGCUCCUUCUACCCGCCUUCGCACUUACCGCCCGUCGACAACUCGCCGCCGGAGAAGAAGCUGCAGCUGGAGUGGGUGUACGGCUAUCGAGGCACCGACACCCGUCGGAAUCUCUGGGUCUUGCCCAGCGGCGAAUUGUUGUAUUACGUCGCCGCGGUGGCUAUACUCUUCGAUCGGGAAGAGAACGCGCAGCGGCACUACAUCGGUCAUACGGAGGAUAUCACGUGCAUGGAGGUUCACCCCAGCCGAGAACUCGUGGCGUCGGGUCAAAGAGCCGGCAGACACAGAAAAGCGCAGCCACACGUGCGCAUCUGGUCCACGGAGACCCUUCUCACCCUUUACGUGUUCGGCAUGACUGAGUUUCAAAUGGGCGUAUCGGCGCUUGCGUUUUCACAAUUGAAUGGCGGUAGUUACGUGCUUGCCGUGGACGCUGGAAGAGAGGCCAUACUUUCGGUAUGGCAAUGGCAAUGGGGUCAUCUGUUGGGCAAAGUGGCGACCAUGCAAGAGGAUCUCACAGGUGCGGCGUUUCAUCCGCUGGACGAUAAUCUUUUAAUAACGCAUGGACGCGGUCAUCUGACCUUUUGGAAUCGUCGAAAAGAUGGUUUCUUCGAACGGACCGACAUUAUCAAACCUCCAUCGCGCACGCACGUGACGAGCAUCCAGUUCGAGCAGGAUGGCGACGUGGUGACGGCGGACAGCGACGGCUUCAUCACCGUGUACUCGGUGGACGCGGACGGCGCGUAUUUCGUGCGAAUGGAGUUCGAAGCGCACAACAAAGGUAUCAGUUCCCUUGUCAUGUUAUCGGAGGGUACGUUGCUCUCUGGCGGUGAAAAGGACCGCAAGAUCGCCGCUUGGGACUCAUUGCAGAACUAUAAACGCAUCACUGACACGAAGCUACCAGAAUUGGUAGGUGGAGUGCGCAGUAUAUAUCCUCAACGUCCUGGCAGAAAUGACGGCAAUAUUUACGUCGGGACGACGCGAAACAACAUCCUGGAAGGUUCCUUGCAAAGAAGGUUCAACCAAGUAGUGUUCGGUCACGGUAGACAACUCUGGGGUUUGGCGGUCCACCCUGACGACGAGGUGUUCGCUACCGCAGGCCACGACAAGAACAUCGCCCUAUGGCGAAGGCACAAGCUUCUUUGGACCACACAAGUGGGCUUUGAAUGCAUCUGUAUCGCCUUCCACCCGUUCGGCGUGGCACUCGCGGCGGGCUCGUCGGAGGGUCACCUCUUGGUGCUGGCGGCCGACACCGGUGCCGCCGUGGCGACCCUGCGGGUGUGUGGGUCCCCACUGUCUUGCAUUGGAUACAAUCCCACCGGAGAGAUAGUAGCCAUGGGUUCCCAGAACGGCAGUGUAUAUCUCUUCAGAGUGUCGCGAGACGGAUUUUCAUACAAGAAGAGUAACAAGAUCCGUGGCACACAGCCAUUGGUCCAGCUCGACUGGAGUUCCGACAGCCGUUUCCUCCAGACCGUCACUCAGGACUACGAUCUCGUGUUUUGGGACGUCAAAGUAUUGUCGUCGGAGAAGAGCCCGUUGGUCAUGAAGGACGUUAAAUGGUACACUCACAACUGCACCGUUGGUUAUAUGGUUUCUGGUAUGUGGAAUAACCGCUACUAUCCUCUGACGACGGUGGUCACUACCUCCAGCAGAUCAGCUGCUCACGAUAUGUUAGUUAGCGGAGAUGCCGAAGGUUACUUGAGGCUCUUCCGAUAUCCGUGUACUAGUGCUAAAGCGGAGUACGUGGAGGAAAAGGUGUACAGCUCGCUGGUGGCGUGUGCCAGAUUCUUAUACAACGACCAGAAUGUUGUCACCGUUGGCGGCACCGAUGCCGCACUGAUGCUUUGGGAAUUGGUCGACGAAUAGAAAGGGAACAAAGCGUAAAGUAAAGUGAAAUCUGAUGGUUGUCGAUCCUUUUUUUUGCUUUAUCAUUAACGUUACGGCUCGCAUCUUCAGUGCCUAAAAAAGUAUAUCAAAUACGAAGAUGUGGCGUAAAAGACGAAUGUUUCAUCUGGAAAAAAAAGGAAGAGAUAUUUUGCGAAUAUCUUAUGAAAUCAAAAAGAAAUCUGCUAUGAUUAUUCCUUUGAUUAUCUCUACCUUAUCAGAAUAUUGUGUAUUUGCAAUGCAAAAGUUAUCCAUUGUGAUUAUUCCUUUGAUUACUUCUUAUCGCAACAUUGUGUGUUUGCGAUACAAAAAUUAUCUAUUCCCUUUUUGUCAAAAUCCACGUUAAAAUAAAUAUAUACUGAAAAUACGAAGAAUACGAACUAAGAUAUAGAUGAUAGAGCAAAAAGAUGGAAAGAAGAAAGAUAUAUUUGAGUCGUAACUCUGUAUUGUAAAUUUUCUGUGUACUGACAUUCCGGCAAACGUCUUUGUCAGGAGAGUCACUAUCUUCCUUUACCACCGACCGAGUUUUUUCUCAGAAUUGGAAAACUGAUUUCUGGAUGUUCUUGGACUGUGUCUUCAAUAAUCCAUAUCUUAAAAGAAAAUAAGGAACAAAGAGAAGAGAUAUUUAUGGCAUUUAAUCUUUAUUGCAUGAAGAUAAAACUGAUGGACAUAUGAACAGUUCGGAAAUAAGCUUUCUGAUUCUGUUGCGCGUACUUUCGAAUUUGGAGAAGAUUGUAUUUUGGAAUGUCACUUCCGCCCGUACCGACUUCGGGAUCGAUGACGAUGUCCCGAGUCAUUGUCCCUCUUUCUGAAGUUUCGACAAGUUUUUCGUCAGGGACAAUUUUUUGCAUGUCUGUCGACGCAACGAAAUGUAAAAAAAGAAAAACAGCCACUUUUUAGCAGGCAUAACGUCCGUGUAUUCGUAGAAUCCAAUGAAUACGGGGCGCUGGCGCCCCUUGGUAGAUUUUAAGAGACGAGUUCGGGGCUCAGAAGUGAGCAGUGAACUAAAAUUGCCCUCAAUAUUUAAACGGUCAUGUGUGAAAGUAUGUUGAUCACUUACAAAAUUAUUCACACCUUGGUGACUUUAACCCUGAAAGAUCGGAUCAAUACGUUUUGUUAUCGUAAUGUUAUCGGCUGAAUUUAAUUGUGAGUGCGGAGAAACAUUGUUACAUCUUAAAACUCUAUUAUAUUUUUCCUUUGCCAUAUUUUUUAACAUAUAUAUUCCGAGUCCGCUAUAUCUUUCUAGGCCCGUCUUUUAAAGUUUCUUUCUCCAAUACAAUCGUAUCGUGUGUACGAUGCGCUGAUUCUUGAAUUGCUAUUCUUAAGCUGAGAAACAAGUGAGGGUGUUUUGAAAGUUCACUGAUUGUUAUUCUAACCUGAACCUGAACACGAUUAGAUUUAAGAUAUCACUACAAGUCCAAUGAAAUGCACCCACUCUCGCGGUCAAAUAGGACGAUUGAAUUAAGAAUCAAAACCGGUAGAAUUUUGUCGGGAUCAAAUUUUUGUGCUGUGGAAAUAAUGAUGCACGUAAAAUGUGACAGACUAAUAUCUUCGAAAAUAUCAACUUGAAAAAGAUCAUUGAGAACACACAUACACUUGAGGAAGAAAUAUAAAGGAGUACGUAGAAAGUAAUAUUUACACCCUGCUAAAAAUUAAACGAUCAUAUACGAUGAUUGUUCAUAUUAUUAUGAAUAUUAUAUGAUAAUAAAAUUUUAUCCUUCGCAGAAUUAUAGCGGUUUUGACCUUUGGCUUAAAUACGGCCAUCAUCCUUUGUAUGUUUACACGAAUGACGUGUGAACGUUUGUUUGUCGCGUGAAGAGCUGUUGCGGGUCAAUGCGCCUCUUCGCGUCGCCGCCUGGCCAUUUUUGUUCGCAUAUUUUUAGAGAGAAAAAUAAUAUUGAAAGAGAAGAAAAUUGUAAUUAUAUAAAAGAGAAAGAAUGAGAGAAGAACAUGUUUUUCGUAAAUUAUAACUGGUAAAAGUUCUUAUAGAUAUACGCUAUCACUCACAAUUAUUUGCUCGCUGUAAUACAUUUCUUUUUUGCAAUUUUCGGGGAUGUAUAAAAAUCUUUGAAAACAAUCUUCUCAUUUAAAGUAUAAAGCCGGCAGGUGAAUGUGAAUAAUAAUUUAUCUUAAGAAAUUUUUAAAACUUUUCAGAAGAAUUUAAUUUAUGUUUCUGUAAGUAAGCGAAUAUUUAUGAAUGAUAGCGAAGGAAAUCAAUGAAAAGGAAAGAAGGAUCUGUGAGAGAAAAGAUCCUUUAUCUCUCUCAUAGCUUUUUCUUUACGUUUCUCGUAUUUACUGUCGCAAUAGUGUUAAGAAGCGAUUUUUAGGAUCGUCACUGCCAAGGCAUCGAGCUCGAAAUUUUAUCACGACUCUGCAAACGACUAACAAAUCUUUGGCAACUGUGUUAUUCACAAUUUUACAUAGUGUUUUAUGAACUCGGUAAAUAUGUUGUUAUUUAUCGAACUUGCGACAUCAAGCCCACGCAGAACAGAAAAUCAUGAUGACGUCAAAAUGACGAGAAAAACUAAUUUUUUCAUCAUGAUUCGAUUAUCUUCUCGUCACUUUGAUGUCAUCAUAAUUUUGUGUUCUACUUGGGAGGGAAACCGUCAAGAUAUGAUAACAAAAGGAAUAGGUACAAAUAAUUGGCGAUGAGCAGCAACAAAAAUAAACAUAAAUUACAAUGAAUAAAUGACAAAGUUAAAAAGAGAUUGAUAUUUAACUUGUAUCAUUGGACAAUUGAAUUCAAUGAAUAAAUUUGUAUAAGGAUAUCGCGCAAAUAUAAAUGCGUACAUAUGAUGAAAUUCCGAUUUUCGAUGCAGCCAUGAGACAACAAAAAAAACAAAAAACAGAUCAAGGAGCAGAUUCUGUUUGCGACGUAAUAUCGACGUAAAAAUUAUUAAUGUAGAAUACGAUAAAGUUAUAAUAUAAAUUAUGCACAUUACACUAAAUAACAUAAUCAUAAUAAUUUCUGGUAUCCCCCUUGUAAUUCGCAUUCGACAUGAAAGUAACAAUAAAAAAGUUACAAGGUGAAUAGUGACAGGUCGAGCCGAAUGACCCAAAGGGCAAUAAUAUUUCCGAGAAUUAAUUCACUUAUUCAUUCAAUUAAUCCACUUACCUUGUUUUAUAAUGAAGGAUAUGCGCUUUAUCUACAUAGUUUCAUGCAGAUGCUUUAGAGCUAUAUAUUUGUAAACGUUACAUACAAUUGGUUUUUGUUGCAAAAAGAAUAUU